AUGCGCACGAACAUUUCCAUCAUCACCACCGGCAUUGAGCUACCCCUUGUGGUCACAGGCAUGUGUUUGACAGGCACGGACAGUGAUGGCACCGCCUUCCUUGCCUUUGUGGAUGAUGUCUCAAGCUUGGGAAACACCCUCGUGGCGACAACACAUGAUGCUGCCCUCACGGAGGUUUUUCGAACCCUGCAGCUGGAUGCGACUAUGGACUUUACAGGAGGCGACAGGGAUGCAGGCAGCCGGCGCUUGGCGGUGAAAGGUGGUGUGCAGGUCACAGAAAAUGUGCACAUGGAGUUUGCUCAAAGCAUUGCCCUCGAUCCCUCUUUUGAGGUACAAUUUCCCGGGUGGCACUUUGCCCUGGAUAUAGACUGGACGGGUAUCAACUCGCUGGAAGUCACAGCUGGUCUUGCAUGGUCACUGGGGGUCGAUGUCAAGUAUGCAGGUAUGAGCAAGAUCAGUUACAAGUUGUUGGGCCUUCCGAUUGCUAACAAGAGCUUCGGUCCAUGGUUCAUUUACCCGCCGGCCGUAUUUCUUCGCCUGGUGGCCAGCGUGGACUUCGAGGCUGACGUGUCAGUGUCCCAGGACCUCAAUAUGCAAUAUCGGGGGCAAUUCUGGCAGACGCAGACGGUGCAUGUGAGCUUUCGAGAUGGCGAGUUGGACACCAGACACGAAGACUCAGGCUUGCAACAAAAACGUGAGUUUCUGGAAGAGGUGAAAGGCACGGUGGAAACCAGCGUGAAGGCGCCCAUGAAAGGCGCCCAUGUGGAGGCUUUGGGGGUGUCUUUGACCUUGGGGCUCGGGGUGACCCUGGAAUGCAGCGACGCCGUUGCCUGGGUCUUAUCAAAGCUUUGUAGCUACAUCAAGGCCAUUGACCUCUACAAGUGGGAUGCGACGCCCGUUCCGGUCCUCAGCCUGCCCAGCCUCGAGCUUGUGCAGGAAGGUUGCUCAGCUCAAGCUUUACCUUCACGGGCCGAGGAGAACGAGGAGUACCUGAGUGCGAUGGCAGUUCAGGCCUUGCAGAUCACGGGGACCAAGCAAGAAGCGGAGGUGGACUUGGAGCUCAUCGGCAGUCUCGCCAAUCUCGCUUUGGGAAGUUGGGGAAAGAUCUAUGUCUUCUGGCAGCCUUUCCCCUUCGUGCAGAUCAUGGAAUCUGUUCAACUAACGGCCUGGGAGCUUGCAUGGUGCACAGCUACUACUACCAGCACCAGCAUUGGCAGUAGCAGCGGUGAGGGUGGAACUCCUGCCAUCACCAGCCCGCCUCCCGGAGAAGCAGUUUGCGGCUAUCAGGAAAUUACCUCCUGCCAGAUGCAGUUGGCUAUGUCGGUGAACUCAGCAUCUAAGGUUUGUGAGACCGUCCAAGGGGCUCUGGGUUGUUACUCGACUUCAAACUGCUGUGAUGCCAAGUACGGGAUGAUUGACGUGCCAGCCUACCUCGACACUCAGAUCAGUGGCUUCAGUGUUUUAAACUGCGAUCUUGCCAACCCAUGCCGGCGGUGA